AUGGGUGACUGGAGCUUUCUGGGGAGACUGUUAGAGAAUGCGCAGGAGCACUCCACGGUUAUUGGGAAGGUUUGGCUGACGGUACUGUUUAUCUUCAGGAUACUGGUGCUGGGGGCUGCUGCUGAGGAGGUCUGGGGAGACGAGCAGUCAGACUUUACAUGCAACACGCAGCAACCUGGUUGUGAAAAUGUUUGCUAUGACAAAGCCUUCCCCAUUUCUCACAUCCGCUUCUGGGUGCUGCAGAUCAUUUUCGUCUCCACUCCAACCCUCAUCUACUUGGGCCAUGUGCUGCACAUUGUACGCAUGGAGGAGAAGAGGAAAGAGAAAGAAGAGUUGAAAAAGAAGGGAAGUGUCAAAGACAGCAACUACCCAGGAGCAAUAGCGUCUGGCAGUGGUGGUGGAGGAGGCAGCAAUAACAUCAAGGAUCCUCUUGGCAAAAAGGGGAAGGAGAGGCUCCCGAUCCGUGAUGAACGUGGUAGAAUCCGCAUGGGGGGUGCCCUGCUCCGUACCUAUGUCUUCAACAUAAUUUUCAAGACACUGUUUGAGGUGGGCUUCAUUGUGGGCCAGUACUUCCUAUAUGGCUUCGAGCUAAAGCCAGUCUACCAGUGCAGCCGCUCACCUUGCCCACACACUGUGGACUGCUUCAUCUCAAGGCCCACUGAGAAGACCAUCUUCAUCAUCUUCAUGUUGGUGGUGGCCUCUGUCUCCCUGCUGCUGAACAUGCUUGAGAUCUAUCUUGGGGAGCCCAACCCAGUUCCCCGGCCCCCCCCAGCCCCACCCGUGGUGGUAACGACUGCUGCGCCCCCCCCUGUUCUGCCUGACACCCGUGCUGUCACACCGCUGCUGGCCCCAGUGACCAUGGCACCGUACUACGCUGCGGCUGCUCCAAGACCACGGCCCCCCUCCAACGCGGCCUCUAUGGCCAGCUACCCCAUCUCCUCUCCUGUCCCCAUCCCAACCCCCAUCCCCACACCCACGCCAGCCGUCAUCAACUACUUCAACAGCAACAGCCGUGCCCUGGCGGCUGAGCAGAACUGGGUCAACAUGGCAGCUGAGCAGCAGGGGAAGGUGCCCUCCAGCUCGGCAGGCUCCUCUACCCCCAGCAGUGUCCGGCAUCCCCUUCCCGAGCAGGAAGAGCCGCUGGAGCAGCUACUCCCACCCCCAGCUGGGCCGCCCAUUGCCACAGCCAACAGCGGCAGCAGCACCAGCUUGAGUGGGGCAAGCGGCAGCAAGUGGGAUGUGGAAGGUGAGGAGCCGUCAGAGGAACGGCCCAUCUCAGCUGCCUGCACCACCGUGGAGAUGCAUGAGCCACCGCUGCUCGUAGACACACGGCGCUUGAGCAGGGCCAGUAAGUCAAGCAGCUGCAGAGCCAGGUCAGACGACCUGGCCGUGUAG